UGGUGAUUGAAGAAGUGGAGGUUGCGCCACCUAAGGCCGUUGAAGUCCGUUUGAAGAUUCUCUACACCUCACUUUGCCACACCGAUGUUUACUUCUGGGAAGCCAAGGGCCAGACUCCAUUAUUUCCUCGGAUAUUUGGUCAUGAAGCUGGAGGGAUUGUGGAGAGUGUAGGAGAGGGAGUGACUCAUCUGAAACCAGGUGACCAUGCCCUCACUGCAAGUCGGAGGAGAGCAACAUGUGUGACCUUCUCAGGAUCAACACCGACAGGGGUGUCAUGAUCCAUGAUCAAGAAUCAAGAUUCUCCAUUAAGGGAAAACCAAUUUACCACUUUGUUGGGACCUCCACAUUCAGUGAAUACACUGUGGUUCGUGCUGGAUGUGUUGCAUCUCUCAACCCUGAAGCACCACUUGACAAAGUUUGUGUUCUCAGCUGUGGAAUCUGCACAGGUCUUGGUGCCACUAUCAAUGUUGCAAAACCAAAACCUGGUUCUUCUGUUGGUCUUGCUUCUGCUGAAGGGGCAAGGAUUUCUGGUGCAUCAAGAAUCAUUGGGGUUGAUUUAGUUUCCAGCCGAUUCGAAUUAGCCAAGAAGUUUGGGGUUAAUGAAUUUGUGAACCCAAAAGAUCAUAACAAACCUGUACAAGAGGUAAUUGCUGAAAUGACCAAUGGAGGUGUGGAUCGUUCUGUUGAAUGUACUGGCAGCAUCCAAGCUAUGAUCUCAGCAUUUGAAUGUGUCCAUGAUGGUUGGGGUGUUGCUGUUCUUGUUGGUGUGCCAAGCAAAGACGAUGCUUUCAAAACUCAUCCUACGAACUUCUUGAAUGAGAGGACUCUCAAGGGUACCUUCUAUGGUAACUACAAACCCCGAACCGAUCUUCCUAAUGUUGUGGAGAAGUACAUGAGAGGGGAGUUGGAACUUGAGAAAUUCAUCACUCACACUGUUCCGUUCUCAGAGAUUAACAAGGCUUUUGAUUUGAUGCUGAAAGGAGAGUCCAUCAGGUGCAUCAUUCGGAUGGACGAAUAAGCUUAACAGUGAGGAAAUUGUCCCUGAUAGGGGACGGUUCUCUUUCAGAGAAAAAGAAAAAGAAAAAAACAAAAAUAAACGUCUUUUGUAAUCCCUUUUAAAAGUUAUCGAGUUUGUGGAGUUUGAUUUUGAAAGUAGAGAAUGAAUGAUAGGCCUUUUCCUACUGCCAUUGUGUAGUUUCUGUUUCUGAUAAAUAAAAAUAUUGUUGUCAAA